CCUCUGCACACUUCAAGCAUAAUUCUGCUGUUUUGCAAAAAAACAAGACAGCUGGUUUCAGCUGACACAUAUGAUGGUGGUUGUUUUUUUUAAUUACUUAAUACUAACUUUAAUAUCAUGUUGAAGAAAGGAGAAAUCAGGGGAGAGAAACACAGAGCUCUCUUAUUUUUGAAGCCUUGUUCAGGACAUCAGAGGCUUCCAGCUGAAACAUGAAGGGAAAUGAUAGUGUAUUUAGAAUCUUUCUCAGUCACUAGCUGCUGGUUUUCACAGAUCGCAUUGUGAUUGUGAGUUUUCCAUCACUGCCAAGAACGCUGAAAGCCCCAAACUUACCAUUGGAAGCCAUAAAUGUAUAGAGCCCGGCAUCUCCAACCUGAAACCCAUGGACUCCAUCGUGGAAACCAGACUGGACAACAUAGAUUCCCCAUCAACUCCUGACAAUGCCGUCACUAUAGACACAGAACCUAGAAAUUACAGGAGGAGGAAAAAUCUCAGACAGCAAAUUUUUGAUGCAAUAGCAAAAGGAGAUGCAGCAGAAACAAAGGCUGUUCUAGAAAAACUGGCACUUGCUUCAAAAAGAUAUGUGGACAGGAAUGUGACAGAAUUCCUGUUGUCAAAGUGCACUGACCAUUCAAAUGGGAAGACAUGUCUGAUGAAGGCCUUGUUGAAUAUUAAUGAUCAGACAUUUAAUAUUGUAACAGAAUUGCUGCAGUUUGGAAAAAAGAAUAAAUUCUUGAAGGAACUGAUUAAUGCAGAAUACACAGACAAAUUCUACAAAGGUCAGACAGCCCUUCACAUUGCUAUUGAAAGACGAUGCCAAAAGAUUGCAGAAAUCCUAAUCCAAGAAGGAGCCAAUGUCAAUGCAAGAGCCACGGGGUUAUUCUUCAAACCAUCGAACAAGGAAAAUGGGUUUUACUUUGGUGAGACUCCUCUAGCUUUAGCUGCCUGCACCAAUCAACCAGAAAUUCUGAAGAUUCUGAUGGCAAAUUCUAAAACUGAUGUUACAUUUCAGGAUUCCCAAGGCAACAAUGUACUUCAUGCACUGGUAUUAUCAACUUCCCAUGCAGAAAAAGAGAACAAAUUCAUCAUUGAUACAUAUGAAACUAUCGUCAUGCAUGCCAAGGACAAAACAUUAGAGAAAAUGCAGAACAAAGAGGGUCUAACCCCUCUGAAGUUAGCAGCACUACAUGGAAAGAUUGGUAUCCUCAAAGCCAUUUUUCGGCGAGAAAUAAAGAACAAGGAAUGUAGAGAAAUUUCACGGAAAUUUACAGACUGGGCUUAUGGACCAGUUUCCUCUUCAUUAUAUGAUCUGAGUGAAAUAGACACUUUUGAAGAAAAUUCCUUGCUUGAAAUAAUCAUAUAUAAAACCAAUGCUGAAAACCGUCAUGAAAUGCUGUCGCUGGAGCCACUGAACAGCCUGCUUCAGAUGAAGUGGAAGCAAUUUGCAGCAGUCAUGUUUUCAAUUAGUUUCACCCUGUCGCUGGUCUUCAACAUCAUUCUAACAUUACUUGCUUACUAUGGACCUCAAGGAGCGGUCAGACUACCAUUAGCAUUUAAUACAAACUAUGACUGCAUAUUGUUUGCGGGUCAGCUGUAUGUUUUAAUAUCUGCAGUCUACCUUGUGAGCAAAGAGAGUAUUGAGACUGUUCUGUUGCAACCAUCAGACUUGAAGUCUGUAUUGUCUGACGCGUGGUUCCACAUCUUGUUCUUCAUCCAAGCUCUACUAGUGAUUGUGGCUGUCAUUCUUUUCUGGUUCUGCAUCUCAUAUCAUCUGAUUGCCCUCGUGCUUGCUCUGACACUGGGAUGGACCAAUAUGCUUUAUUACACAAGAGGUUUCCAAUCCCUGGGCAUCUACAGUGUCAUGAUCCAGAAGAUAAUACUAAAUGAUGUGUCAAAAUUCCUGUUUGUGUAUGCUUUAUUCAUCCUGGGAUUUGCUGCAGCACUUGCAUCCCUGAUCCAGUGCCCUGACCAAAAAGUCUGUAGCCCAUACCACAACUUCUCUAGUGCAUUGCUAGAACUGUUCAAACUCACCCUUGGGCUGGGGAACCUGGAAAUGCAAAAAAACUCCCUGUAUCCAGCAUUUUCACUACUCCUGCUUGUAUUGUAUGUCAUACUUACAUUUGUCCUCCUGCUAAAUAUGUUGAUCGCAGUAAUGGGAGAAACAGUGGAGAAUCUUGCCAGGGAAAGUAAGAAUAUCUGGAAACUCCAGCGUGCCAGAACCAUUUUGGAUUUGGAAAGAACAUUGCCUCGGUUCAUAAAGAAAAGGUUCCUCCAAGGAGAGAUGUUGAACAUUCAUGGUGUCUAUAAGCGAUAUUUAAGAAUCAAUGAGGCGAACUGGACAGAGUGGAACACUAAUUUUGAACUGAUUAAUGAGGAUCCACUAAUGAAAACUCAGAGAGAUACACCCAUUAAAAAGAAACUCAAAACCCAAAGAAACAAAAGACAAUCAUCACCAUCAGCAGCGAACCUGGAUUAUGAUACUGACUACGAUGAAUAUGAGGAUGAGGAAGGAGGAGGAGGAGAUGAUGUCUUUGUGGCGGAACAGGACAACUCAUCAGAAGAUGAUGAGCAAGACGGAUUUGAGCAGAGCUUAGACAGCAUCCCACUAUGCCCUCUUGAAACAAACGUUUAAGAACAUUUUGUUGACUUCAAUUUCCUAUCACCACAGCCAUUUAAAAUUAACAGGGAAGCCUAAUGAUAGUAUUAAAAGUAUAGAGCAUGACAAUAUAAACAGACUGAAACUAUAUGAAUAACAGAC